AAAGAGUGCGCUAAAUCGUCAAAGCGCUAGUUUAGAAAACUUACGCGAAUUAACCGGUACAAUAGAGAAAAAAAAGACCCCAAAGCAGAGCGACUUCUUCCUCACGUACGAUAGCAGUGGUAAAAGAAUACGUGAUUCCAAUUACAAAUACCGCUCUGUUGCUGAACGCAAAAAAGCAAAAAGCGAGCUACCUCUGGCCAAACUAGUAGUGUUACUGAGAGCGACGACGUUGACCUUUGCCCAUUUGAAUCAGAUAGUGGCUUUGAUUUUGACAUCAUUACUGAAGAAUCAUCUGAUGUUUCUCUACAAAGAAAAAAUUUGACCACCUGUAUAGCAAAUUGUGAAAGUUUGACUCAAGAAAUGAAGUCCAGUACCCAGUCCAUGUGGACAAGAAGAAUGCAGUCUGUGGAUGCUGCAUGGGAAAAUAGUAGAUCUGCUAUAUUUGCUGCUGUUUUAAAAAGUCAAGCAAUUCCUAAAACUGGGGCUGUUUGCUUCUUGUGCGGAGAAGACAGAGCUGUUGUUCGGUGUCGCCACUGUGGACCAGAUGCAUUACUCUGUAACAAUUGUGAUGAGACAGCUCAUGAGAAAAAACCUUUGCAUGACCGUGAUAUUUGGAUAAAUGGAUUUUAUCAAGCAGUUCCUCCAACUGAAACAGUCCUACCAGAUGGAUCUCCAAGCUUCAACAGAAAAUAUGCUCCAUUUUUAUUUUGCAAAGAAUGUAUUUAUUGCAAGGGCCAGGAUACACUUUCUAUCAUCCCCUCUAAUGAAAUGUGCAUUCUUAUAACAGCCAAAGGAAGAUUUGAUUUGUAUUCAUUCACAUACAGUUGCACUGGAUGUGAUCAACAGUUCUCACCAUUAACACUGGAGAAGAUAAUUAAUGAAGGGUAUUGGCCAGGUGGCCCAAAGAAUCUUAAUUACAUCUUCUGUGAAGAUGUGUUCAGAGUUUGGGAUUCACUGCGAAAGUAUAUGCCAGGCACAUCUGAGACAGCAUUUCGUAGGUCCUUCGCCUCCAUAUCUAGUGAAAAGGGCAGGUCAGGUAUCAUCAACGCAUCAGUGUUUCAUUGUGCAUUCAAAGAAUGGUGUUUUGCCAUGCAUGAAGUUGACAUCUUACAAGAAAAACAAUGGGCAAAUUGCCCAUCAUGUUUUAGAUCCUAACAUUCGUGUCAUGUUGAUGGAAACGCUAAACUUUAUAGAUACAACAGUGUGCCAAGGUAUUGUGUUGUUGCCUGGCUAAAAUCAUACUGACCAAAUGUCCAUGAUUUAUGUAAUUUGUUUAUAGAGGUGAAAGAAAAUGCUACUAUGAAAAUACAUUCAUUGAAGAUGAUGAACUGGUAGAGGAGCACUUGAACAAUGUUUAUUCCAACAACUCAGCUAAGGUAUGAUCAUGAUUGUGAGGAAUUAUGGAGAAUUGUGCAAUGAUAACAGUUUUGUGUACAAUGAUAAUAUACCAAAACUGCAUAAGAGUUGUACUUAUAAAUCAUAUUCAAUCCUCCUAGGGUCAUUCAAGUAGUUCCUAUUGUGGUUCCUCUCAUUGGAAAGCUGCAAGUAAUACGGUCAACCGCCAAUCCAAACUUGAUGAAACUGGUCUUGUUGUAGCAUGCUGUAGACAUUCUCUGGCUCAAUCUGCUGUGAAUAUGCAUCAAGGUGAACUGUAUGGUACACACAUUAUUUGCAAACCAACCGACUAAUUCACCAUAAAGUUAAGUUCUUAUGGCAAGAUGUGAUUUGUAAGUACUGGCCUUGGUUUAUUUCGCUUCCCAAAGAUUUGUCACCUGAUGAAGCCUUUUUGAUGGCACCAGCAUUAUCUAUCAUGCAUAGUAAAGCUCAUGUUUGGUCUUGCCAAGUAUUUUAAUAAAACAAAUGUUAACCAAUUUUAAUUAGGAAAAUCAUUCAAAUUGCA